AUGGCAAACAUUAGUGCCAUCCCCGGUGUGGACCAUACUACAGGAUCACCUUGGGGUGGAGUUAUGCAUGUGGAAGGUGACAGUGCAGGUCUCUUCUCAAAAGCACUUUUGAAGCACACGCUUCUCCGGUCUACUGCACUUGGAUGCAAGAUAGGCUUCUGGUACCAUCUUCACGAUGACAUAAGUGUGUCUUCAUACUUUGCUCUGACCUUGAUCGCUAACACUUCGACUGUGCCGUUGUGGUCGAUUAAAAAAGGGCAGACCAACGGCUGGGAAAACGCUUCUGUGUUAAUUGGUAAUCGUCUACAAGGGUCAAAGAUUGAAUUUUCUGUGGACCCUGUUCCUAUUGGAAGUCAGGAUAUCAUGCUGGAUGACAUCACACUGAUAGACUGUGCCGAUGCAGACGUCCCGGCAGGUUCAGAUAAUCUCAGCUGUGAUUUUGAGGAAGACACCUGUGCCUGGUACGAUGAUCAGCUGGCUCAACUCAAAUGGCAGAGGGCAGAUGGAAAUAAACCUUCAGAUGAUCAGGGACCUGGAUAUGAUCACACUACCGGCUCUGGUUAUUAUAUGUUCAUAGCACCAAAAUGGAGUUCCAAACCACCUGAGACAGCUAGGCUGGUCAGUUUUCCACAGCAGGCCAAAUGUGUCACCUUCUGGUAUCUAAUGUACGGUGCAAACAUUGGCUCUCUCAGAAUCAUCACAAAGAACUCGAAUGGAACACAGUCUGUUAUAUGGAUGAGAACUGGAACCCAAGGCAACAAGUGGCGUUUCGUGGAUCUUAGCUUUGCAGACAAUGAUGAGCCAAUCCUGUUUAUAUUCGAGGGGACCCUGGAAGGCACCAGUGGCUACAUUGCAAUAGAUGACGUGCAGGUGUCGAGCAGUGUAAAUGGAUCAUGUCCAGCUGAACGCGAGUGCACCUUCCAGGGUUCCCUAUGUGGCCUUCAGCCUGAUCCCACAACAGAUUUUAACUGGGUCCGAACAAAAGGAGAACUGGUUACUGGCACCCCCAGCCCCACAAUGGAUCACACUCUGGGAACUGACAAAGGAUUCUACAUGAGUGCACAGCUUUGGAAGUACCCCAGUGACAGCAGAGGCAGCAUGGUGACCAAAGUCAAUCAGCCGACCCCUGGGCAUGGGGAGUGCUGGAUGUUCUGGUACCACAUGGAUGGAAGAAACGUGGGUUUUCUUAACAUCUACGUCCAGGAGCUGCACAGCGCCAGAUCUCAUACGCCUGUGUGGAGCAUGAGUGGAGAUCAGGGAGAACAGUGGAGACAUGGCAGAGUAUCUGUCAUUAACCCUCACAGCCCAUACAAGGUCAUAUUUGAAGCAGUGGUUGGCAGUGAGCAAGGAAAAGAUAUUGCUAUUGAUGACUUAACUAUCCUCAAUGACCCUUGUCCACCACCUGGGUUCUGUGAUUUUGAAAUUGACUUGUGUGGAUGGGUGAAUGUUCGUGUCAAUACCUCCAGUGUUGAAUGGAGCUGGACAUCUGGAACCAGUGCGUCAUUAUUUGCUCCUGAAGUGGACCACACCACCAACACAGCCCUGGGACACUACAUAGCAUAUUUUCCAGUAGAGCAGGUUUCUCAUAUUCAGAGUGAACUGAUGCAGCCUAACUCUCAAGGAUGCUUGGAAUUCUGGUACUACAUGCACAUGUGGGCAUAUGUCGAUAAGCUCAAGCUCACAGUUUAUGUGAAUGAGUCUGGCUCUCUACGGUCAUUGUGGAAUCUAACCGGUGAUCAGGGGGCUGUGUGGCAUCAAGCUACUGUGUACUACACAUCAUCUGUACAACACCAGAUUGUUUUUGAAGUUGCCCGUCCAAAAUUAGACGAUGGAGUCAUCGCUCUGGAUGAUAUCUACACAAGCUGCUCUGCACUGGACCUGACCACACCUGCACCCACGACCGAAGCCACGUCUCCUCCUCCCUCCUCCAUGGACUGCAACUUUCAGGAGGGACUGUGUAACUGGGUUCAAGAGACAGAGGAUGGUUUCGAUUGGAACCGUCAGAUGGGGGGACAGCUGAAUGAACCAUGGCUAGGACCCCUUUAUGAUCACACCUUAAAAAAUGACUACGGGUUUUAUCUCAUUGCAAACAUGUCUGAUGAUAAAACGGGUGAGACAGCAGUUAUUUCUUCUCCGCUGACAAUUUCCAACACUGACGUCUGUAUCCGAUUCUGGUACUAUAUGUUAGGACCAUCUGUUGGGACCUUAGAUCUGAUUCUUGAGACGAAAACAAAAGAAAUCCUUGCAUGGACAAGAGAAGGCACCAAGAACUCAGAGUGGUUGAAUGCACAGGUCUCCAUUAGUGUUUCAGAUGUCCAGAGAGUGAAGUUCUCCGUGAACAGAAUUACAGGAGGCACAGGGUUCAUAGCUAUUGAUGACCUCAGUGUGACUGCAGGAGCUUGUGAGGAUCACAAUCCAUGUGGGUUCGAAUCUCCUUCUCUAUGUGGCUUUGAGUCGGAUGUGACUGAUGAUUCUGUGUGGCUGUGUGUAGACGGCAGCAGCGGUCAUAUUGACCACACGUACAGAGCUGAACUUGGCCAUUCAAUGGCUGUGCUUGGAGCCGAGCUUCAAAAACCAGAGGUCACAAAACUUCUGACACCAGAAUAUACCUCAUCUACAGAGUCCUGCCUGCGGUUCUGGUACUGGUUGUCUGCUGGCACAAGUGACUCUCUCUCAGUACAUAUUCUUCGGAAUGGAGAACUGGAUCCAGCACUCUGGGAUCUGUCUGGAGCACCUUCUCAUAGUUGGGAAGUAGCUGAGGUCACCAUAUCGUCUCCCUCCAAAUUCAGGGUGGCAUUCAGAGCCAAGCUCAGUCCAAACCCGAAGUCGUUUGUUCUUCUGGAUGAUAUCUCAAUUAAAAGUGGGGCUUGUUCUGCCACCGGAUCGUGUGACUUUGAGUCCGGCCAGUGCACAUGGGUGAAUGCUGCUAAUGGAGUAUCAGAUCAACAUGACUGGAUCCAUAUAGAUGGUCACUUCAGAGGUCCUCUGGUCGAUUAUACAACUCACACUGCAGAUGGAAAGUUUCUUUUGAGUCUAUCUCAGAUAAACACACGUGGCCAAAACAGCCGGUCUGUGUUGAUCUCGGAAAGGAUCGUGUUGACCACUGACUCCUGUCUUGACUUCUGGUACCAUAUAAACGGAAGUGACCCUGGGAUCUUAAGAGUGUUAUUAGAUUCAGAUGCAACAGAGCAAGAUGUGCUGUUUGAAACACGGGUCACCGGGAACAUUUGGAAAAAUGCCUCUAUCACUGUGGCAAAGACCAAACCCUUUCAGAUUCAUAUAGAGGCUCAAGCAGUUAAAGAAGGAUUUAUUGCUGUGGACGACAUACGAUUAACACAGGGGCCGUGUGAAGAUAUCAGUGUGGAAAGUGGAGUGUUUCCCGGGAGCGAUUUUGAGACAGACACCUGUCAAUGGAAAGAUAUCAGUGUCGGGCAGUUUGUUUGGCAGCGGGAUAAGAAUGGUACAAUCACAGCCAACACAGGCCCCUCAGUGGACCACACUACUGGCACAGAACUGGGCUGGUAUAUGACAGUAGAAGCCAGCCAUGGUGACCACAAUAGCUAUGCUGCUCUACAAAGUACCGCCAUGAAAGAUGCCAGCAAUGAGUGUUUGUUUGAAUUUUACUACCACAUGUUUGGCGAGGGCAUCGGAGAACUGAAAGUGUUUCUUCAGGAGGGCCAGAGGAAAACACCUUUGUUGUGGAUGUCUGGUAACCACGGAGAUGAGUGGCAUCGGGCAGAAUUGGGUGUGGGUCGCACCCAUCAAGUUUUUACUCUCCUCUUUGAGGCUACCAGAACCUACAGUGAGCUUGGAGAUAUUGCCAUAGAUGACAUUUCUUUCUUAAACUGCAAUCUUCCAGGGCCAGAAGAAUCUUGUAAAGAUGACAUGUUCUCGUGUUCAAACCAUGAGUGUGUGGAGUCAAACAGAGUGUGUGACUACAGUGAUGACUGUGGAGACGGCUCGGAUGAGGAGCUCUGUGAUGUAAAGGGUUAUCAGAAACGUUGCAGUUUCGAGCAGGGCAUGUGCUCAUGGGGGAAGAGCAAUUUGGCAACUGGUUGGAUUUUGCAGAAGGGAGAACAGGCCUGGCCUAAGAUUGGACCACCAAGAGACCACACCCGCAACACUGCAGCAGGUCAUUAUAUUACUCCAGCACAUGAGCUGAGUGAUGAUCAGAGAGCAGAGAUCAUCUCCAGCACUCUGCUGCCCAGCUCGGAUUGCACCGUGAGGUUCUACCACUACUGUCAAGGUAACAGCACUUUGGCCAGGCUAAAUGUUAUACUGAGGACACUUCGUAAUGGAGAUGAAGACAUUAUACUUUGGGAAAAUGCUGUGACACAGAGCUUCCGCUGGCACAGAGUCGAGGUCACCUUCUCCUCCAGGGUUAAGAGUAAGAUGGUAUUCCUGUACAUGGGAAAUGGAGAGGCUCAUACAACACUAACAGCAGUGGACGACAUUUCACUCUCUAUGUCAUGUGCUCACGAUCCUGCCAACAGUGAGCUGCCCGAAACACCCGAACCAACCACAACACCAACUACAGCAACAACAUCACUGACGACAUCUGCUCCUUCAGUUUCACCAACGGUCAACCCUUGCAAGGAGAAAGAGUUUCACUGCUGGCGGUCAGAUGGUGUGAAAUGCAUUGCAGCUGCUGCUCAGUGUAACUAUGUGCUAGACUGCCCUCUAGGGGAAGAUGAGGAAACCUGCGGUCCGUGUAAUUUUGAGAAUGGCCUGUGCCAAUGGAGUGAUGCAAGUGUAGGUCCUUACACAUGGAAUAGAGUAAAGGCAACUAACACCACAGACCCACCCAAUGACCACACCACUGGAACAGGCCACUACAUCCAGACGUACUUCUUGGAGCAGUCUAAGAAUGAGGCUGUGUUCCAAAGCCCAUCUCUGCCAAUUAGCUCUGCAUACUGCCAGCUUCUUUUUCACUUCUACAUUGGUGGAGAACAUUCAGGCAAUCUCAGCGUGAUUCUAUGGAAUGAAGAGGAUGACGGGAAGCUGCUCUGGUCAAGAUCAAGUAGCAGUUCAACACAAUGGGUCACAGAGCUCUUACCAUUGGGCAAACACGAUAGGCCUUAUAGGAUCAUUUUUAGCAGCCAGACCUUAUUUCGACACGAUGAGUUUCUGACAAACAUUCAGACCAUUGCACUAGAUGACAUCUCUUUCCACAACUGUGAAAAGGACUACCAAGCUCCAGACAUUUCCUUGGCCACAUGCUCUUUUGAGAAGGAUCUGUGUGGGUGGAUUCAGGGAGCUGCAGAGGACCUCGACUGGCAGAGAUGGAGCGAAACAACCGAGUCCAAAAACACGGGUCCCUCGGGAGACCACACUAGUGGUAACGGGUAUUAUUUGUACAUCACAAGCUCAAUUCACAACCGGACAGGGGACACGGCACGACUGAAGUCUCCUCUUUCACCCCCAAGUGGUCCUGAUGGGUACUGCUUCUCAUUCUGGUAUCACAUGUUUGGAGCAAAUGUGGGAUCACUAAGAAUGUCCAUAUAUGAUAUUUCAUCCAACCACGUAACACUGAUGUGGCUGAGACGGGGGUCUCAGGGGAAUGAAUGGCGUUUGGCUCAAAGUCAUGUGAAACUACAGGAAGUUCAUCAGCUCUUAAUUGAAGCUUCAGUAGGAUUAUCUGGACACAUUGCUAUAGACGAUUUAUCAGUUACUAAAGGUGCCUGUGCUCCCACAGAGGGUCUUUGUGACUUUGAGCAGGGGGAUUGUGGCUGGAUACAACAGACCAAUGAUAACCUAGACUGGAUUCGAGUGUCAGAUCAGUAUCAAAAAUCUGAAUUCUUAAAGUCUAGACCUGGCUUUGACCACACAACCAACACGGCCACUGGAUACUAUUUUUAUAUGGAUGCCACGCCUGCUCACGUACAAGGACAUAAAGCAAUAAUGACAUCUCAGCUUAAUAUUGAUAAUGCCAAGUGUCUCCAACUGUGGUAUUACAUGGAGGGAAGGGGCACUGGGACUCUAAAUGUGUAUCAACAGUUCUCAGACAAAGAUCGGUCCCUGUUGGUAACCCAGUCUGGAGGACAGGGAGGACUGUGGAGGUUUGCUCAGACCCCACUGACCCCCUCAGGGUCAAACUCCAGGAUCGUGGUGGAGGGGAUUACAGGCCAGAGUGAAGAAGGAAUCAUAGCGCUCGAUGACGUGCAGGUUACUAACUACACCUGCACUCCAUCAGGACAAUGUGACUUUGAGGCAAACUUUUGCAGCUGGUUCAAUCUCUUUGAGGAUGAUGCAGACUGGCUGAGAGUGCAAGCAGGCACUGGAGAGCACACAGGCCCCAGUGUGGACCAUACCAGCAACUCAUCCACAGGUUAUUACCUUUAUAUGGACAGCUCUGUGGGUCACUGGGGAGACGCUGCCAUGAUACUUAGUGAGAUAUUCACCCCGGACAGCAGGGGGAACUGUUUUACAUUCUGGUAUCAUCAGUAUGGAAACAGUGUUGGGACACUUAACUUGUAUAUCAAUAACAGGACCAUUCAUAACAGUGGGAAUAAGUUUGGCCAGAGAGUAUGGACGGAGUCAGGAAAUCAAGGAGAUGUGUGGUGGAGAGGCAACGCAUAUGUGAAACGCAAAGAGCCUUUCUGGUUCAUAUUUGAAUUCUUAAAGGGAGCCGGUCCGAAAGGAAGUGUGGCUAUUGAUGAUAUUCACAUCACCCCCGGGUACUGUGACUCAGACCCCACUCCUGCACCACCACACCGUAAUGACACUGUAGGUAUCGGUGUAGGAGUGGCAGUGACGCUAUUGGUGAUUUUUAUUGUUGGUGCUGCCCUUAUGUUAAAAAAAAUAAAAGGUGCUAACAGGGAAUGUAUACUUGAAGAUGACGUGCUUGAUAGGAACUAUAGACUUGAUAACCACAUGGGUUCCAAUGGCUUACAUGUAAUUACACUUUCAACAGACGGAAAUGAUGCAUCAUCCAUAUAAACUGAUCAAACAAAAACUAAGAAACACAUUUUAUAAUGUCAGUACAUCUGUUUUUACAACAACAAGCCAUCAGUCCUACCAUCUGACUUGCUGUUAUCCGUCUCUAAUAUACUUCCAUCACACAAAAUGCAGUUUUUUCAAGAAGUUACACAAUGACUUGUGGUGAACUCAAUCCAUGUGCAAUAGGACUGAAUUCUUUUAUUUUAACUGUGACUUCACAUUUAUAUUUGCAUAGUAGUCUUUAAAAGACCUUUAAAUGUCGAACCCACUUAUUCCUCACAAUAAAAUGAUUCUUCCUUUAGUUCCAUUGGUGUACUGCAUUAUCCGCAAACAAGUCAUGGUUUUGAUCCCACAGAACACUAAUACAGUACAGUAGGCCUUUACUUUGUCUUCUAAUCAAAUGUUUCUUUUUUCUACAAUCUAUGUGACAGCAUUGAACGAAUUAUAUAUGUUGAGGUCAUCAAUGAAUGCAAAAAACCUGUUUAAUUUUGUAUUAAGUCCUGUGAUACUCGCUGUAUCUGAGGAUCUCAUCUGUGCACCUUUACCAAAUUCUGAUUGUUUGACAUUCGGUUCACGUAAAAUGUGCACUGGGAACAAUUUAUUAAUUUCAGGACUGCUCUAAAGUUUUAGUUUGGACAAAUGACAAAAACUUUAUGAUGGCCGUGUAAAUAGGUUUUGACUUGCUAAGGCAAUUUUCUCAAGCAUGUGAGACAUGUCACACUCCCAUAAUCCACUCAUUUCUCACAGGAACCAGUUUCCUUACAGUCAGCUAACACGUCAACACUCUUUCUCUUUUAAAUAUGAGCACACACCAAACACUCUUCCGCAACUAGUGAUAUGUAAGGACAGAAAACGUGCUUUAAUUGCACAGAUUAAUCCAGAUGAAAAAGUGAAUUUUGAUUUCAUAAGGCGUCCGUCUAGACCGUUUCACCGGAUGCACAUGCCUGGACUGCAGUUAACUUCCGGUCUGUGUUUGUUUA